ACGUGGCUCUACAUUAACAGAAGGUCGUGUGGGAGAAGGAGCUUUUUUGUCGCUGGGUUCGUGCUUCGGACGAUAUGCUGACUAGCAGCGUCCGUCGGUUCGCCACCUCCGCCUUUCGCCGGGUGCAUUAUGAGGAUGGGCCAGGAAAGAAUCUCCCAUUCUCGGUUGACAACAAAUGGAAAUUGUUGUUCGGAACUUUUAUCUUUACUAUAACUGGUGUUGGUGGUCCUUGUUUUAUUGUAAGGCAUCAGCUGCUCAAGCAGUGAAUAUGUUAUAACAGAUUGAGAAGAAAGUACAGAAGAAAAGUUAAAGUUAAAACAGCAUUCUGCAUAUGCUUAUAAAUAAAAGUUAUAUCUGAAAGUACAA